AUGUCCGAGGCGGAGGCGGCCUUCCACGCCCACUUCCUGGGGCUGGCCAUCGAAGAAGCCCGGGCCGGACUGUCCGAGGGCGGCAUCCCUAUCGGCAGCGUGCUGAUCCGCCGCCGCGCGGAAAAAGGCGGAGAUGAAGAUCAGGCCUGGUCGAUCGAUGGCCACGAGGUCGUCGGCCGCGGCCACAACAGGCGAGUCCAGCGACGUAGCGCCACCCUGCACGCCGAGAUGGAUUGCUUUGAGGCGGCCGGGCGGCUCACGGCCGCCGACUACGCGCGAUGCAUCCUCUACUCGACCCUCUCGCCCUGCGAGAUGUGCUCGGGGGCGCUGCUGCUCUACAAGAUUCCCACCGUCGUCAUGGGCGAGAACGCCACCUUCCAGGGGCCCGAGGCCUACGUGCGCUCGCACGGCGUGCGACUACUCAACCUGGACUCGGCCGAGUGUCGUCGCCUCAUGACCGACUUCAUCGCCGCCCACCCCACCCUCUGGAACGAAGACAUCGGCGUAUGA